AUGUAUGUAUGCGCUUUCUAAUAAAGGUAGGAUUGAAAAUGCGUUUAGCCUUUGCCCUUUGAUUGAGGGCAGCGCAUCGCUUCAAAGGCAAGCAAGAAAAGCGAAUUCAGUUAAAAACAAUUAAAAAUUUGCCUCCUCCUCCUAAUUAGCACACUCGCUUUGCUGCUGACUCUUUAGAUCUGUCUCUCCAAGCUCGAAGAAGAUCUCUGUAUUCUAUUUUUCUAUACUGUAUAUAAAAACCUCACUCUCUCUACACCAUUACGUAAUGCUCGCUCCAUUUAUUCAAGUUCCGUUUAAAGAUUGACCUAAAGUGGCAAUGGCGUCAAAACAAAAAUCAAAAUUGAAAAAAUUGGGUUUGAGCAGCUCCAAAGCUGCUACUCCUUCAUCUUCAACUACGUCAUCUUCGAAACAGUAUCUGGAUACAUCUAUUGAUGGUCAGAGCUCUCCUGCAUCUUCAUCCACUCGAAGUAAGCCUCAGUACUUCUACUCAGAGAGCUUACCUGUGGAGGGAGAGAGAUCCAAAGAAAAUGUCACAGUUACAGUUCGGUUUCGUCCACUAAGUCAAAGGGAAAUCCGUCAAGGAGAGGAAAUUGCAUGGUAUGCAGAUGGUGAAACUAUUGUGCGGAGUGAGCAUAACCCAACAAUAGCCUAUGCAUAUGAUCGAGUCUUUGGCCCUACAACCACAACUCGUCAUGUCUAUGAUGUUGCUGCACAGCAUGUUAUUAGUGGUGCUAUGGAAGGCAUCAAUGGUACAAUUUUUGCUUAUGGGGUGACAAGCAGUGGGAAGACCCACACCAUGCAUGGUGAUCAGAGGUCCCCUGGAAUUAUACCACUGGCUGUGAAGGAUGCUUUUGGCAUUAUCCAAGAGACUCCAAACCGAGAGUUUCUUCUUCGGGUGUCAUACUUGGAGAUCUAUAACGAGGUUGUUAACGACUUGUUGAACCCAGCAGGGCAGAAUUUAAGAAUUAGAGAAGAUGCUCAGGGUACCUUUGUUGAAGGAAUAAAAGAAGAAGUUGUAUUAUCACCUGCUCAUGCACUUUCCCUUAUAGCAGCUGGAGAAGAGCACAGACAUGUGGGUUCCACAAAUUUUAAUUUACUCAGCAGCAGGAGUCAUACAAUAUUCACUCUGACAGUAGAGAGCAGCCCAUGUGGUGCAAAUCAUGAAGGGGAAGCUGUAAACCUGUCACAACUGAACCUCAUCGAUCUGGCAGGUUCAGAGAGCUCAAAAGCUGAAACCACUGGUGUGAGACGAAAAGAAGGAUCCUAUAUUAAUAAGAGCCUCCUAACUCUUGGAACUGUUAUAUCCAAGUUAACAGAUGGAAGGGCUACUCAUAUACCAUACAGAGACUCUAAAUUGACUAGACUUCUUCAGUCUUCACUAAGUGGUCAUGGACGUGUAUCUCUUAUUUGUACUGUCACUCCUUCGUCAAGCAGUUCAGAAGAGACACAUAAUACAUUGAAGUUUGCACACCGUGCAAAACACAUUGAAAUCCAAGCAGCACAAAAUAAGAUUAUUGAUGAGAAAUCGCUUAUCAAAAAAUACCAAAAUGAGAUUCGUUCUUUAAAGGAAGAGUUGGAGCAUUUGAAGAGGGGGAUUGUUACAGUUCCUCAACUGAAAGAUACUGGACAAGAUGACCUUUUUCUCUUAAAACAAAAGCUAGAAGAUGGUCAAGUCAAGCUGCAAUCAAGAUUGGAACAAGAAGAAGAAGCAAAAGCUGCUUUAUUGAGCAGAAUUCAACGGUUGACAAAAUUAAUUUUGGUCUCCACAAAAUCGUCACAAUCAUCAAGAUUUCCUCAUCGACCUGGUCCUAGAAGAAGACAUUCUUUUGGGGAAGAGGAGCUUGCAUAUCUACCACACAAAAGGCGGGACUUGAUUUUAGAUGAUGAAAACAUUGACUUGUAUGUUUCUGUUGAGGGAAAUUCUGAAACCACUGAUGAUACACUUAAGGAGGAGAAAAAGACCCGGAAGCAUGGACUUCUAAACUGGUUAAAGCUACGGAAACGAGAUAGUGGCUUGGGGGCUUUGACAAGCUCAAGUGAAAAAUUAAGUGGAAUAAAGUCUAUGAGCACACCUUCAACACCUCAAGCAGAAAGUAAUCAUUUUCAUACAGAAUCCAGACUUUCCCAUUCUCUACUUACAGAAAGCUCUCCAUCAGUGGAUCCGUUAUCUGAGGCCAGAGAUGACAGAGAAAUUCAUGAGGAUAAUUUCUUGGGACAAGAGACACCUCUGACUAGCACAAAAUCAAUUGAUCAGAUUGAGCUUUUAAGGGAGCAGCAAAAAAUUUUGUCUGGAGAGGUGGCACUUCAUUCAAGUGCUUUGAAGCGGUUGUCUGAGGAGGCUGCAAGAAACCCCCAGAAGGAUCAGAUUUAUCCGGAGAUGAGAAAGUUGAAAGAUGAAAUCAAUGCGAAGAAUGAACAAUUAACUUUGCUGGAAAAGCAAAUUGCUGAUUCCAUUAAUGUUGUACACAAUACAAUGGAUAAUUUGGAAUUAUCACAACCUGUUACUGAAUUGAUGAUGCAAUUGAACGAGAAGUCCUUUGAACUUGAGGUUAAAGCUGCAGAUAAUCGUAUAAUUCAAGAGCAGCUCAACCAAAAGAUAUGCGAAUGCGAAGAAUUGCAGGAAACAGUUGCCUCCUUAAAGCAGCAGCUCUCCAAUGCACUAGAGUUGAGAACUUUUAGUCCUGUAGUAAGUUAUUCACAGCGAUUUAGUGAAACAAAGAGCUCCCAUGGAGAACUUGGCUCAGACAAAGGGAAUGCGAUAUUGAGUGAUCCAAUUGAAGGGUUGCUUCGACAAGCACAGGCAGCUGAGAUUGAAGAACUGAAGCAGAAAGUGUCAGAACUAACAGAAUCAAAAGAACAGCUCGAACUCCGGAACCAGAAACUAGCGGAGGAGAGUACAUAUGCCAAAGGGUUAGCCUCAGCAGCUGCUGUUGAGCUCAAGGCAUUAUCAGAAGAGGUCGCCAAGCUAAUGAACCAUAAUGAGAGACUAGUUGCAGAGCUAGCCACAUCUAAGAACUCGCCCACGCAGCGUAGAAGCAGUACUCCAGUUAGAAAUGGCCGUAGAGAUAGUCACAUUAAGCGCAAUGAUCAAGGUGGGUCAGUUUCAGAUAUAAAGAGAGAACUAGCCAUAAGCCGGGAGAGAGAGCUUUCAUAUGAAACAGUUCUUUUAGAAAAAGAUCAAAGAGAGGCUGAUCUUCAAAGAAAGGUUGAGGAAUCAAAGCAAAGAGAAGCUUAUCUGGAGAACGAACUUGCCAACAUGUGGGUUCUCGUGGCAAAGUUGAAAAAAUCCAAUGGUGCUGAAACUGAUGUUUCUUUGUCCACAAGAGAGACUCAGCGAGUUGAUGGUAACAGUUUUGGGAUUUAAAAUGAUCCCAUAGUAAAUUUGGGCUUUCAAUGGGAUUGGUGUUGAGAGAGAGAGAGAGAGAGAUUGUGUUGUGCUUGUGCAUGGGUAGGAAAUUUCUGAUUGUGUAUAUAACAAAUGAGAGCUUUUUCCUCGUUGGUUUCCCCAUUUCCCCCA